AUGAAUUCAGUGAACGAUUCAAAUAAAAUUUACCAUGAACGUCAAUCUAAAAUGUUUUGUGCAUUGCAUGCACUGAAUAAUGUAUUUCAAGAUAAAAUAUUUUCAAAACAUUGCUUAGAUAAAAUAGCUGAUAAUCUUAAUAGCAAUUCAUUUAUUAAUCCACAUAGAAAUGUAUUUGGACUGGGGAAUUAUGAUGCAAAUGUACUAGUUAUUGCUCUUCAACAAUGUGGUUAUGAUAUUGUUUGGUGUGAUAAACGCAAAACAAUAGCUGCGCAUAAUCUAAAUUUCGAUAAUAUUUUUGGAUAUAUACUGAACACAUUUUCUAAUCGUCGUAUUUUUAAUUUAACAUUGCCAUAUUCAGGAAGUCAUUGGAUUGGUUUACGAAAAUUAGAGCAUGAUGAUAAAUAUUCAUAUUUUAAUUUAGAUUCUAAAUUAUGCAAACCGGUUGUAGUUGCAUCAACGGAUGAUGAAUUCGUUAAUUAUUUAGAAGGACGUCUUAGAGAGUAUCCAGAGACUCAACUUUUAUUUGUCGUAUCCAAUGAAGUGCUUCGACAACGAUCUUGGACGCAUAAUAAACAAUAAGCACAGUUAAGGACGAUCUAAUUUUUUGUACGUU